ACAUCCACACACACUCACCCUGAACACGGCUCUGCCGUCAUUCCCUCUCGCCUCGCAUGCGCAGCGCUGACAGCGGAGCGCGCGUGCAGUGCGCGUGGAGGUGGCCGAGGUGGCAGCAUCUGUGUCCAAUCGGCGCGCCGCAACCCCGCACCAGCGCGACCCGAAGGAUGCUCCAGGUGACGAGACAGCGCCGCACGGUGGUGGCCAUCGCGCUCAACGUGCUGGCGCUGGGCUUCUCGAGCACGGCGUUCCUCUCCACCUACUGGUGCCAGGGCAUCCACAAGGUGGUGAAGCCCAUCUGCAACCCGGAGCGUGGCCAGCACGUGAACUGCGUGCACAUGAACGGCACCACGGUGGGCGGCGAGGAGAUCCUCGUGGCCAGCGCCGCCACCGCCGGCGGUGCCGGCGGUGGCGUCAAUGCGUCGCGCGACGGCCCGGUGGGCGCCGUGAGCUACAGGAGCGUGCACGUCGUCCGCUACACGUGGGACACCGGCGACGACAAGUACGCCUACCGCUUCUUCCACACGGGUUUCUGGCUGUCGUGCGAGGAGAACAUCUACAAAGAAGGCGAGCAAUGCCGCAGCUUCGUGGAUCUCAUCCCCUCCGCCGAGCGCGGCGUGCUGUGGCUGGCCAUCACGUCCGAGGCCCUGUACAUCGGCCUGCUGGCGAUCGGCUUCCUCCUGAUGUGUCUGGAGCUGUGCCAGCAGCGCAACAUCGUCGGAGCGCUGCGGCUCAACGCGUUCGCGUCGGUGUUCACCGUGCUGGCCGGUCUGCUGGGCAUGGUGGCCCACAUGAUGUACACCACCGUGUUCCAGGUGACGGCGCACCUAGGGCCUGAGGACUGGAGGCCUCAGAGCUGGGACUACGGCUGGUCCUUCUGCCUGGCCUGGGUCUCGUUCACCUGCUGCAUGGCGUCCUCGGUGACGACGCUCAACACGUACACCAAGACCGUCCUCGAGUUCCGCCACCGCCGCAAGGUCUUCCAGCAGAAGCUGCGAGAGAGGGACGUCUUCAUGGACCCCGAGGUCCUGCUCGGCCUGUGGCCCGGCACAGCCAAGCGCUGCAACCCUGAUGAAGGAGACUUGGAGCUGGGCAUCAGAUCUGCCGCGGCCGCCCUCACCGAACACUGCGGCGACUCCCGCUCCUCGCGGCAUCCCGACCACGGGCCGCCCAACCUGUGGCCCGGCAGCGGCGCGGCGCUCCGAGGGGCGGCCGAGGCCGUCAUCCUGGCCCACGGGCUGCAGCCCUCUGACGGUGGCGCUGGUAGCGGCGGUACAAUACGCGAGCAUCACGGCCCCGGCGUGGCUGCGAGCCGGAAGAAUGCUGCACGGGAGCCGUUCUCGAGCUGCGGCCGACACGCGCUCCGGGGGGCGGCCGAGGCGCUGGCGAUGGCCCACGGCUCGAUGGAGAGCGAGCGGGGACCGCACGGCGUGUUCGUGAACCCCCAACGCCAAGCCUCGGUCGAGGACAAAAUGUACUGAGCGCGGCGCGACGGACCGCCGGUCGAAUGCGCGGGGAGUGGCGGUGGUGGGUGGGGGGUGGGCGAUGUGCUAGCGAGGCUUCGUCCUAAGAUCAGCCUCUGGGUUUUUUGCUUUUAAUAUUUACAUUUAUUAUUUUUAAAAUUUUAUUUUAUUAUUAUUUUAUUUUAUAUCUACGUGACUUUACCGAAAGAACCAAGAAUAUCAGCUUGUGUACCAAGCGCGGCGCUUGCCGUAACGGCGUGCUGGGGAGAAUUGUCGUAACGUGUUUCAUUUCAUUUCUCCGGUGAGGGUUUUUCUUUUUCUGCCCCCCAAGGUCAUUCCCGGUUUGUGCGGCCGGCGUCGUCAGGCGAGGGAUCCGUUAAGGAAUUUUCUCGGAGCGGUGCGAACAUUUCUGUUUGAGAACGGCCCGGGCAGGGAAGGAGUUUUUUUGUUGUAAAGUUUAUUUUUAUGGAGCUUGUUAAGAUUUUCGCUUGCACUCUUCAAUGAGCUUUCUUUGUCGCGUGACGGUGAAACAGAUGAUUUGUUUUUGCCAAUUCAGGCUUUCGCCACGCACGACUGCGGCGAAAGUUCAACACGUGGCCCAAUCCAGAACGGCAUUCGGACCCUCCAAAUGAUAAUAAUUCUUUAUACUUUUCCUGAAAAAGCAUAAUUUAAUCUCAAGACUCCUUUUCAUAAUGGUGCUGACAAUUUAUCGAUUUCAUUUUACAGUAUUAUGCUAUUCCUUUAUUUGUGUUGCUUUUAUUAAAAAAAUAACAACCCCAUCUUUUUUCACAAUGUUUACGAUGCUUUGUACAAUAUUGUGUGCAUGCGUGCGCGUGUGUGAUCGUGACUUUUAAAAAGCAAUGGUAAGAAUGAGCUCUCAGAAAGUUGCAAUGAUUUUACGUCCACAAAACAAAGCGAAACAAGAAUUUAAGUGGGGCGUGAAUGCUGACAUUUGCAGUGGUAACACAGUGCCUGGAAUUUGCGAGGGGAAGUCUGGGUUAACGAGUGUUCCCCGAGUUUCCAAUUUACUUUCUAUCCAACCGUCAAUUAAUUUCGUUAGAAACAAUAAAUAUUCGCUUAGUUAACAGCGAGACGACCACUGAGGGACCUUGGGGAGGGAGGGAGGGGGGAAACCCCCAAAGAACUGAGGCAGAGAGGUUCAACAAACUGAGAGCAACCCAAGAAAGUGAAAUGAAAUUCCAUGACACUGAGGCACAGAAACAUUUAAACUGUGACGCAGGCACGGGCUGCUCCACUUUUGGGGUGGCGGGAGUUACCAAAUGAGUCGGCAGAACGGUUACAACCACGUGCCAACGUUGACCCAACGUUAACGUGCCAACUUUGGCCCAACGCGUCACGUUAAACUGGGAAGGAAAGGAUGGCGAGGUGUAACGUCCAUCGACAAGGCGAGACGGGGCGUGGUCCGAACAUUAUUUAAAUACAAACGUUUCAGACUCGAUCACAAUAACAUAUAUUACUUCCUCAUUGUGUGAAGGUUAAUCGUCGUCAGCCUUCAUCUAUUCACUGCUGGAUAAAGUGCUCCCCAUCCCGUCGCCGUUGUUGACAAGCUACGCGAUGUUACGCCGUACUGAGUACUUAUUAAUGCCAACCACAUUGGUUAUUAUAUUCUUAGCUCUUUCGGUAAAGUCACGUUGAAGGGAAACAAUAAAAUACAUAUAAAACAAUA